CGCCGCCGCCGCCACAGCCAAGAUGGCGGCCGCGCACGUGACCCGGGGCAGCCGCACUUCCGGUUCCUGGGCCGACGGGGCGGAAGCGAAGGGAGACGCAAUCUGUCGUCGAUGUUAGUCGGUCCCUUCGCUACUAACGUUCUGGGAUGAAGCGCUAAAAUCAUGGUGAAAUGUUGCUCGGCCAUUGGAUGUGCUUCUCGCUGUUUGCCCAAUUCCAAGUUAAAGGGAUUGACAUUUCACGUAUUCCCCACAGAUGAAAAUGUCAAAAGAAAAUGGGUAUUAGCAAUGAAAAGACUUGAUGUGAAUGCUGCAGGCAUUUGGGAGCCUAAAAAAGGAGAUGUAUUAUGUUCAAGGCACUUUAAGAAGACAGACUUUGACAGAAGUACUCCAAAUAUUAAAUUAAAACCUGGAGUCGUACCUUCUGUCUUUGAUGUCCCGUCUCACUUACAGGAAAAAAGAGAAAAGCUUCAUUGUAGAAAAAACUUCACCCUCAAAACCAUCCCAGUGACAAACCACCAGCUUGUCGCUUCCACUUGUAGUGAAGAAUUCCAGUCUCAGUUCAUUUUUGAACAUAGCUACAGUGUAAUGGACAGUCCAAAGAAACUUAAGCAUAAAUUAGAUCAUGUGAUCAGCGAGCUAGAGGAUACCAAGCAAAGUCUGCGGAAUGUCUUAGACCGAGAAAAACGUUUCCAAAAAUCGUUGAGGAAGACAAUCAGGGAAUUAAAGGAUGAAUGUCUCAUCAGCCAAGAAACAGCAAAUAGGCUGGAAGCUUUCUGUUGGGAAUGUUGUCAGGAGAGCGUAGAACGAGACUAUAUUUCAUGAAAUAAUUUCAUGUUCUACUUAAAAUUGACAUUGGCACCGCUUUUUACAAAAUAGUUUACCAUUAUUAAAUAAUACCCACCAUUUAGAGAGCUUCUUUGGAUUCUCUGCAGCAUUGUGCGCUAUAGAUUGUUAUCCAAAGACUUCUGAAACAUGCAAAUACUUGUGCUAGUUAUCAUGUCCUCGUAUGACUUGUAACAAUUAUGUUUUUUUAGACCUAACUAGUGCCAGGUUACUCUUUUAAAGUGUUAAAAACUCAAGAAAACUCCAGAGGAGUAAGAAAAUGGUAUCAAAUCAGCCACAUAAAAGCUUUGCUAGUAAGAACUAGAAACCUGCAGCAUGGUAUUUUUCACUUCUGAGGAGGACCUUUAUUUAUGUAGGCUUCACGGUAAGUAUGCUGGGUUGUACUUUAAUUGUAUUUUACUCUAAGUAGAAUUCAUUUGUAGCACAUAUCUGUUUGACAGCCAGUCCAAGAGGCUUUGUUACCAAAAAUACCAAAAGGCCGUUUUCUGAGGCAUGCCAUAGUACUAAUCCUGAGAGCAGCAUAUGAUGCAGAUCUGUUGACUUGAAAAGAUUCUUGAUGAGGCCGUGAUUUUCCAGGAUAGCACAUCCUUCCUUCUCACUAGGCCCACAUAGCAUUAACAUUUUUCAGGGCAUAAAUUUGAUUUCUUUUUCUUUGUUUGGGGAGCCACACCUGGCAAUUCUCCAGUUACUCCUAGAUCUCCACUCAGGAAUUACUCCUUGCUUGAGGGACCAUGUGGGAUUUCCGGAAUUGAACCUGGGUCAGCUGCAUACAAGGCAAGCACCUCAAACCCCUGUACUAUCACUCCUGCCCAUAAAUUUGAUAUCUACAUGGUUAUCUGCUCUGACAGUUCUUCUGAAAAUUUUGCUUCAUGACUGUUAUUUAUGUUUUUAAAAUCCAAAUGUCAGUACUAGAUGAAUAAUACUAAAGCUGUUCUGUAUUUUAUAGAAAGUAAUAUUGAUGAUAUUUUUUUAAAUGAAAAAUAUAGAAGAAACCAUUAAAAAGCAAUGAUGCAGCUCUUCCAGUUGAAAUCAGAAUUGGAGAAAGGAUUAUAAUGUUCUUUUUUAGGAAUGUACAAGAGUUACUUUAAUUAGGACUGUUCAGGGGUUUUUAUUUAAAUAGGUAGGUAAGAAAAAAAGCUUUAACAUAGCUUCUCGAUGAAUAUAGAAGAAUGACAGUUACUUUUUUUACUGUUCCAAGUUUCAGAAAUUUAGCUUUUCUUAUAAUUUCUUAGCAAAAACAACUGAAAUUAAGUCAUAAAUAUUGUAGAUUGAAAUACAGCUUACAGGCCCAGGUUAGAGAUGUAGCAGAGUGGUGGUGCUCAUGCAUGACAUGGAUGAACCCUGGAUUUGUGCCCCGACACCUGCCCCAAAUUACUAUCUGAAAGCCAGAUUCUGCUUUGAGAACACCAUGCAUUUACAAACCUCAGUCAGACUUCUAUGCUAUAGUAGUUUUAACUUGAUUAUCAGUUGUUUGGGUUUCAGUGUUUUAACUAGAAAUGAAUUGAAUUUUGUGCUUAAAUAUUUAUUGUAAUUUUGUUUUAAUAUCAGUUAGGUUAUGGUUACUUGAAUUUUUUUUAUAUAUUUAAGAAUUUUCUAUUUUAUGCAUGUUAUAUUUUCAUGUAAUAUUCCAAACAUUUUUUAAGUGGGAUACUACAUUUGAGUGAACAACAUUAUACUAAGAAGAAAUCAUUGCGGUCAUAUCUUUUCAUUACCUUAAAGAAAUAUUGAUUAGUUAGCAUUAUUUAUUUUACUUAUUUAAUUUUUAAUUCAUAGUGAGACUCUGAAUAGGAAGUUUGGAUAUAAUGUUAGGUUUCCUAGAGACUGCUUUUCUCUGUUCUUGAGCAUAAAACUUAGUCAGCAGUGGACGAAAAUAAGAGGAUAGAUCUCAACACCGUAUGUCCAAAUUCUAUCUAAAUACUAACUUUGUAGAAUAAAUCAAACCUAGGAGAUCUUUUCUGGAGUCAGGUCUCAAUUUUUGCCACUGGCAGAACUGCUACAUUUACUUUUAUUACUGGUGUUCAAGAACUCAGUUCUUGUCCUUUUCAUUGGUCCUGGUAUCACAUAAAGAUCUAUAACUGCAGGCAAAAUAUUGGUAUCAAGAACCCAGUUCUACAGAUUUGUUCUUCAUUCUUAAGAAGAAAUUAAGAUUUUGAAUAGAUGUUUGAAAUAAAUUAGGUCCUCCCUUCUGCCACCCCUAACAACUUCCUGAACACAAUGUUUACCUCAUACCUUUGUUCCCAAGAGAUUCACACACACAAAAACAAUCACUCCUCUAUCCAGAGGGCCCUCAAGCAACUAAUGCUCAUCUGAAGGUUUCUCUUUGUAAAGUGUCCUAUAGACACUGGGCUCAGCACUCACUAGGUACGACGGAUUUGACAUGGCAUUUUCUCCAGAAUAGUUUUAAAUCUUUGGAAAUUGACUUUGGUUGCUAAAGAUAAUCAGAUGUAUACUUUAGUCUUUAAUUUGAGAAAUUAAAUGAAUUAAAAUGUAUUAAAGUAAUUUAAACAGUAAAAUUAGUAUAAGAAUAAGGGAUGAAGAAUCCUUCAUAUAUAUAUUUGACCAAUGAAAACUUUUUCCAGUAAUGUGCUUUCUGUGGUUUUGAUACAUUCAGUUACUCAAUAAAGUGAGAAAAGAAAAAUGGA